AAGGGCCGUUCAUCCGCUUCCAAACGUACGCGUCGUCGAUCUAGUCUGGAAGCAUGUGAUCGUCCUCCUGGUGAACAAGGGGAUGGCGAAGACCGAAAUAAAGAGGAGCCACCGACAACACGAUCAAGUAAGUCGCGUGAGGAUAAUUGGCUGGCUGAAGUUAUGCGUCGUAUUGAGCGUAUGGAAAAGAAACAUAAAAAACCUACGGAGAAGAAACCAAAGCUAGAGAAGGUAGACAGUGAAUCGGUGGAAUCGAGAUCCGAACUACACCCCUUAAAGCCUCUUUCGCCUGAUCAACAUGAAGAGAAAGGACAAAUGGAGGUGAAGAAGCCGACUUCUUUGAAGUCCGACGAGGCACUUAAAGAGGAAUCGUCUGUUGUUCCUAGAAAAACAACGCGGAAGUCAGUCCCCUCAGUUUCCGUUGGAUCUCAUCCGCCUACAACUCCGCUGUCUCGUGAAGAUCGCUGGAUGCAAUGGCAGAUUCAACGAAUCGCUGAAAUGGAGUCUUCGGACGCUCCUGUCGGUGAUCAUCUCCAGCAACAAUCAUCCAGCGGUUCCGUAAGGCAUCGUAGGCGCGGCAGCGGCGGAGCGAAGUCUUCUCUUUCGCGCCAUUCUCCACAGAAAAAGGAUACUCUUGAUCAUGAUACUAGUGCCGCAGGAGGCGAGGCGGAGUGCAGUUUGAUUGUUUAUAGGCGCCGGGAGCAAGACCCGAUGGCGAAGUUUAGUCGUUCGCGUACGGGUCAUCAUCACCGUCAGCAGCAAAAUUGUCUAAACAGGUCGUACAGUUUGGUUGAGAGCUUUGUGGAUGAAGAUUUGCCUGCUGGCGGAGAACUCCUUGACGAUCACAGUGGUGUUGUUGGGAAUACUGGCUCCUCGAAUGUCAAUGACGUCAGGUGUUCCAUCACACUCGCAUCGGUAGGCCCCUCUUCACCACCCAAGCCCUCCAAGAAGCGAUGGCUAUCGCAAGCUCUAAUGGAGGUAGAUCAGCAGCAUCAGCAAAACCCCCCCGGUAGGACAACACCAUCGCCUGUGGACUCGAUAACUCCACCUGAUUCAGCAUUCAAUCCACUCAACUUUCAGAAUCAGCGAGCACUGAACCCAAAAAAGCGAAUAAUUUCACAACUAGAGGAAGCGAUGGCGCAACAUCAACAAUCCCCUUCGCCACUUAACUAUCAUAUUGAGGUCUCCCCAUCUUCUGAUGCACCCACACCUGCAUCGAGACUUCCUCUGAAGAAACGGCAGUCCGAGGAGGAUGCAGCUGGCGAUGAGAGCAGGCCAGGGACGCCAGGGAAGUCAAAGCCAGAGAAGGUUCGAAUGUCUCUCUCGGAGUACCGUCGUCGACGUGGUCUUAGUACAGCUUCCGUGGAGUCAACAGGCGCGAAUAAAUCACAGGCGCUCCCGCCCAUGACGGAUUUUGCUUCACCUAGUACACCUCCCGGUUCGCCUGCAGUUGAUUUAAAACGGCUCGGUCCCUCUUCAGUAUCACUUGUUCCACCUACAAGUGGGUUUCCUCUGGGAGGUCCUCGGACUCCAAGCGAGCCUCCCAGUGAUGAAGAAGAAGGAAAAAGGCUGGAUGUUUCUUCGUCGGCAACAUCGAUUCCAUUUAUUAAUCGAUCACAUCAGCCACCUUCUUUGUCGGCACCAGCAUCUUUGCCGUCGCCCAUUCGAGGAACCGUUGAACGGUUUCACGACUCUUUCAGCGUUGAUUCUCCUGAAAAGCCACGUGCAUCUCCACCGCCACAUCGCCCCCCUGGAGGUUGUGAUCGACACCUUUCGGGUCACGCCCAAAGACGCGCUUCACCGCCUCCACCUCCCCUUCUGGGCUCUGCGUCAGAUUCGGCGACUCCACCUGUCUCUCCCACUGCCUGUUACCCCCCUCCCGUAGAGCGUGUUCUCCGACGUGAUCGCGAAAUUCUGCAGUGGCAAAUGGAAAGAAAACACCAAAACUUCCAGCAGUCCACUGGACGUCUCCAACAUAGUAGUCAUACCUCAAGUUCUAGCGUCACUCAUCUUGAAGUAAAUCAUGCACGCUCAUACUCCAUAUCUACUCCUCCUCAACAGUCUGCUUCAAGGACUCAUGUCUAUCCCAACCUCACUCAAUCACUGGCUUCGGCCCCUCCCACCACUGCAUUUAACCACCACGACAUGGAGAGUAUUCAAGAAACCCUGAGACGUAAACAGGAGCACUUGCGUGCGCAACUUCGCGACCUGCAAAAGGCCACUGCCAGUGGGAGCGGGUAA